AUGUGCAAGGAGUUGUUGGCCGCCGGGGGCGGUGCCGCCGAGUUCGAGCUGUGGCUGCUCAACAGCCAGAGGCUCGCGACGUCCACCUGGGUGAUCUCCGCGGUGCUCACAGGGGGCCUCGGCCUGUUCCGGCACUCGGACGCGCUCGGGCGCUGGGAGAGCUGGCGGCACGCCCAGCAGGACGACGUGGCGGUGCUGCGGUCGCUCCGCUCGAAGCGGGAGGCGGCCGAGCUGCGCCAGGAGGCCGCGCGGUGGCAGGAGGCGCAGCGGCCCGCGGCACCGCUCGCCGGGGGCGGCCGGCAGGAGCGCGCCGAGAACCGCGAGAUGGACCCCCAGCACGACACGGCACGGCAGGGCACGUUGCAGUUGGCCGACGAGAUUGUGCACAGGGCCGCCGUCGGCCUGUUCUACGGGCUGUCUCCGCUGAUAUUGCCGGUGUCCGCCGCCUUCUCCAAUGGCGAGGACAAGCUCGCUGGUGGCGCGUUCUUCUUUGGGUUCGCGGUGUUGGCGGUAUGCUACAAUGCCUCUGCAGUUUAUGGAUGUUUCUACAGCGUGCAUUCCAAAAUGAGGUCCCGCCAGAUAUUUGUCACGUCUGGCCUUGUCGCGUGGCCGGUGAGUCUCGCUGCGCUUGCCUGCGCGGUCCAAUUGAAGAGCAUGUUGGUGCUCUUCGGCGUAGCCUUUCCGCUUAUGGGCUUCGCCAUCGGAGUAGAGGUCGCUUAUCUGCAUCUCGUCGAGGUGUCGAUGUGGUGGGGCGACAGAGUCAACAUCGGGCAUGCGCUUACCGGGACCGCGAGCGCAGCAGGGGCGUUGACCUGGACGCUGCUCAUCGGCGAGGCCAUGGCUCGUCUGGACACUCUCCUGGCGCUGUGGCUCCUUGCCGGCGUCCACGCGGUCGCCGUGGGUGCUGGGCUCCUGGUCGCAAACCCUGCAAGAAAUUUGCUCGAGUCCACAUCCCCGCAAGGCGACGUCGCGGACGCGGAGAAACCCAUGACCCCCAUGACCUCGCGAGAGCUUGCUCGUGACUGGCGCGUCUACGUUUUCCUUUUGGUUAUGGAGUGCUUCUGGUUCGCUGGUAUAUCCAUGAAGACGCUGCUCUCAGUUCUCUUCGAAGAGAUUUUCGACAUGACCUACCUCGAGGCUGUCCACUACAGCGCGGCGUGCCUCUCCCUGUACGUGCUGGCCCGCGCUGUUGUACCGCUCCUUGCGGCUGGGCACCCCUCACAAAUGGGUCGGCGGGUUUUCUUUGCGGUCCUCACGGCAGAGACGUUCGCCUACGCCCUCACUCCUUGGGCCGUCCGCCUCGAUGGGUACGGCAUGGUCACCUACACCUGCUUCCGGCUCGUUGGCGGCGCGGGCUUCGCGAUCCUCCUGUCGACGACCUCCGUGCUGCUCGUCCGCGUCUUCGGCGUCGCCAACGUCCCGCGCGUGAGCGGCCUCUUCUCGAAGAAGGCGCUGGACUCCGGCAGCGGGCAGGCGGAGAGCUGGGACCUGUUCUUCUAUCGCGCCGUGAGAGCGGCCGGCCGCGCCCGCGACCGGCUGCCACAGGCGCCGCCCUCGCCGAAUCGGGAGAUGCUGGAAGUGCCCCUGUCCGAGGCGGGGUGCCGGCCGCGGGAGAAAAAGUAUGGCCUCGUCAAGAACACCAGGCCGCGGGGCGCCGUGGAGGCGGCGGCGGGCGCCCCGCCGCCGGAGAGGCGGAGCCCGCACUCGGCGGCCGCGGCCUGGGGCGAGGCGCAGCCGCCGCCGGGCCUCGUCGUGCGCGGAGGCCGGCUGGAGAUCGUGGAGGCCGACUGGGCGCCGCCGCAGCCGCUGGGCGGCCCCUGUGGCGACCGCGAGGACGACCGCGAGGCCACGGCCGCGGCGGGGCGCCGCUUGGAGGCCUCCGCGGCGCACGCCGCGCCGCCCGGCGGCGUCGCCGCGGCGGCGGGGGCGCGGCAGGCUCCCGCCUCGGAGGCGCUCGCCGUGUGGCAGGAGCCGCUUGCUGCCUGGGAGGCGCAGGCCGGUGGCAAGCAUUGCCUCCUCUGUGGCCUGCAGUCGUCGCCACCAGAGUCGGCGGUGCUGAGCUGCCGCUGGUUCCGCACCGUCGCCAUCGCCGGGACCAUGCUCUACCGCGACGUGCCCCAGGUGGUGCUGACCGUCUACCUCUUGAUCACGGCCGAGCGCAGCGGCGCUUUGGCGGAUGCCACCAGGGCCGCCAACGUCUUCUUCACGGUGCUCUACGUGCUCGUCGAGCUGUUCUGGCUGGGCGACGCCCUGACGCAGCUAUUGAACGCAAGAAUCGCGCACGCACCGGGCCAGGGGGUCACCGCCAUCGCCGCCGAGAGCGGUCCAGACUGGGUCGAGGUGUCGUGGGCCGCGCUGGGCCACCGGAAGGGGGGGGCGGAGGAGUACUGGUGCAGCCUGAGGCCGCUGGCCGAUGGCGACGGCCACCGCGCCCCGCACGACGCGGUGCAGAUCGCGGUGGUUGCCUCGGGCGCCGCGGAUCCCGUGAGCGGACGCGUCGCGUGGACCUUCCGGGGCCUGGCCCCGGCCUCCGCCCUGGAGGCGACGGUCACGCCCGUGCGCGGGGGCGUGCCGUGCGGCGCGGGGCAGCGGGCGCGCGCCUGCACGAGCCAGGCCCCGGCGGCGGCGGAGGGCGGCGCCGCGGCCUCGGCGCCGAGGGCCCUGCGCUUCCUGAGGGUCGGGCGCCUGGACGCGCGGUCGGCCCGCCUGGAGUGGAGCGGCGACGCGGGCCCGGCCGCGCCGCACACCGUGCGGCUGAUCCCGCUCCACGGGGCCGUGAGCCGGCAGCCGUGGACGGAGCUGGCGGAGGGGUGCGCGCACGAGCUGCGCGGGCUGGAGCCGGGCGCCGCCUACCUGGCCGAGGUCUCGCCCGGGCCCCGCGGCGCGCCGGCGCGCCGCGGGCUCUCCUGCGCGCUGUCCUUCGUGACGCCGCCGGACGGCGGCUCCACGGCCGACGGGCCGCUUGGAGUGGAAGGCGGGGCGGCCCGGGGCGGCGAGGGGUGCCCUGCGCCGUCCGAGAGCUCGAGCAGCCCGCGGGGCCUCGCGGCGGCGCCCGCCUCGAAGGGCGGCCGCAGCGGACGCGCUGCACGGUCGCCAGGAGACGCGGGAGACGACCGAGGUGUCCGCGCCGCCGCCCCCAUCCGCGGAGCUUGAGGUCGGCGAGGUCGGCGAGGUUUGCUGACCCGUGGCCGCCUCCCUCCCUCUGUUUUUUGUUUUUUGUUUUCUUGGGGGCCCCCUGGUCACUUUCAUCUGCGACCACUUGCGAAUUCCACCCCUACGGGUCCAGUCGACGCUGCAGGCGUCAUUCAAAGUCUGGACCCCACCGUGUUUUUCAUGGGUCACCACGGAUUAAAGGUGUCGCCAGUUUCUUGUGGAUUGGCCCCCACUCUAUGUGUUGGAGUCCCUGGUCGGACCGUAGGCUGUAGUCUGUGGCGCGCCUCCGCUCGGGGCCAGGGAGCGGCGCAAGCUUGCCUCACGUGUGAGCUCCCCCGCCUCGCCGCCGACCCAGACCUCUGGCGCUCCGCGCCGCUUCUCCACGGCGUCGGCCCCACGAGACCCCCGCGAUUCCGGCGCCAAUCCCCACGACGGCCCUCCCGUCCCGAGCCGUCUCUUGAGGGCCCCAGGGCCUGGUCGCACCGUCGCUGCGCUUGUUCUUCUCGCGACGCCUGGAGGCCUGGUUCGCCGAGUCACCACGCUUGCUCCUUUCGUGCCGUGUGCUUUUCCGCAGCUGCACGGCAGUCCGGUUUCACUUGGGCAGCGCUGAGGCCCGCUGGCCGCCCUCGAUAAAGUCGAGCUGGCCCUGCGUGUCGGAUCUUCUCUUGCGCCCCCCCUCCACCUCCCCCAACUCCCUCCGCCAUCCCCAUCCAUCCUCUUACCUCUAGCUUCUUGGCUCUGGGAUGCGUCGGCUACCGCCACUGUCGCUGUCGCCGUCGCCCGAGUCGGUGGCCCUGACGAAUGGGUGGUGGCGGCAGUGACCGUGCCGAAACGCGCCCAGAGCCCAGAGUCCAGCCGGGCAUGAGGAUGCAACUUCGUCCCUUGUCUGGCGGAGAUGCUCCGGGGGGGUGACCUGUGCUCAGGGGAGGCUGCGGCACCGCUCAACGAUGUGCUGUUUCACCGGACCUGCAGGGUGGGCUGUUUCCCCACUCCGUGGUUCGGUGCGGAUCGGCUGCGCGCCUCGACGUCUUCGUCGCCGUUGUCCAUGUCGG